CACACACACACACACACACACACACAGAACAAUGAACUGAGUGCCGAGAAUAGAAAGAAUGAACACAUGAAGCGAUGAAAACAUGAGGAGGCCGAGAGACACCGACUGUCUGUAGACGGCAGGAGAGAGAGGUGGAGGAAGAUGUUGAGAUGCAAGAUGUUGCUCUGGCAGCUCGCUCUCCGGUUAUCUUACCAUGUUGUUCCAGUCUGUGUUUGGGGGGAUCGGACAUCUUUGUGUCGAUCAGAGAGAACAGCCCAAUGGGUCAGUUCAUCUCUAACCUCAGUAUCAGAGGAGAACCGAGAGACAACACCCUCCGCCUGUGUCUGACCGGAGACAGCGCCGACUGGUUCUACCUGGAGGGUCGGACCAUCAGACUCAAUGCCUCUGCCUCCAGAGUCCUCGACCGAGAGGUUCUAGGAUCAGUGCUAAUGGCAGAGCUCACCUGUUUCCAGGAUGAUGUCAUACAGAGUCGGUUCAGGAUCGUGGUGGAGAUUUUAAAUGAAAACGACAACAGACCAAACUUCCUGCAGGACACGAUUCAGCCGUUCAGCAUCAGUGAGCUGACGGCGGUGAACUCUGUGGUUUUUUCGGUGAAGGCCAUCGAUGCAGACGGAGACAUGAUCAGUUACAUCAUCGACCAAUCAUCGCGUGACGCAGACUUCUUCAGGAUCGAUCUGCCGAACAGCGGGAACGUGGUUCUGAACCGACCUCUGGACUACGAGAGCAGAACGGAGCUGCAGCUGAUCCUCUGGGCCCAGGAAGCCAACACCGCGGAGAAGUUCAACACGUCAGCUGUUCUGAUCGUGAACAUCGAGGACCGAGACGAUCUGUAUCCGCACUUCCUGCCCUGCACACCUGUCUCUCCCGGACUUCCUAUCUGCAUGAACCCCACCUACACCACCAACAUCACACAGAGACACCAGGAUGCAGUCCUGGAGUUUUCUCCUGGUCCAAUCAGAGCAGAGGAUGGAGACAGAGGAAUCAACACUCCUCUAAUCUACAGCAUCCUGUCAGGUGCAGAUCAGGGCAGGUUUGAGAUCAACAACCGGACCGGUGAGAUCAGAAUAACCCGAGCUGUGAACGACCGACAGCGGGAGACAAACUUCACACUCAGCGUCAUGGUGUGUCAGGAGGACGACCGGCUGAAGUACAGCGUGGCUGCGGUUCUGAUCCGAGUUCUGGCUCCGAACGUGUUCCCGCCGCUCUUCAACUUGACCACCUUUAAAGGCUUCAUCGUGCAGAGCUCUAGCCCCGCCUCCAUCGUCUCCACCUAUGGGAACCAGGUGUUACUAAUCCAGGCAGCAGACACGGACUUCUCCAACGGCUGGAAUCCAAACAUCCACUACUCCAUCCAGCCUUCAUCUGGACUGUACCAAAUUACCCAGGGGGGGGUUCUGAUCGCCAGGACAGACCAACUGCACGCCUUCGACAGACACAUCCUCCAGGUUGUAGCCAGAGACGAAGAGUCAGGAGAAGAAGCUUCAGCUUCAGUGGACGUUGAAGUCCUGCAGAGAGGACAAGCAGUGCCUGACGGUGCGUUCAGGGAGCAGCAGUAUUUCGGAGAUGUGGACUGCAGACUAGCCUGGGGAAUCGCUGCGUCGAUGCUGCUCUUGUUUCUGUCAGCUGUUCUGUGGCUGCUGCUGCGGACGCUGAGGAGACGACGGCGACAGAGACACUCAGACGAACACGCAGCUGUCGGGAAACAUCCCAACGUGGACGAGUCUUCGUUCCGAGAUCAGAGACAGAGUUUCCACGGCCGCCAGGGAGUCUACACCCGGAGACUCUCCCUGCUUCCUCCUUCAUCUUCAUCUUCAUCUUCAUCAGCUCUGCUUCCUCCUUCAUCUUCAUCAGCAGACAUCGUCAGUGGGUCCAGGUUUCACUCUGAUCUACUUCCUGUCACAGAAACAGCCGAGAGUUGAGAUGAUGAUGUCAGAGAGUUGAGAUGAUGAUGAUGUCAGAGAGUUGAGAUGAUGAUGUCAGAGAGUUGAGAUGAUGAUGAUGUCAGAGAGUUGAGAUGAUGAUGAUGUCAGAGAGUUGAGAUGAUGAUGUCAGAGAGUCCAAAGAUGUUCAUUAGGAA